GAUUGCUUAGUGUUCACUUUCUUUAACUUGAUAAUUUCAUUAUCAAAUGUUAAUUUUGUAAUAAAAUAUGACUAGGGAAUUAUUAUUUUGCAAAUGACUGACUAAAAAUCAGCAUAGUCAAUAUCUAUUUUGGUAGUGGUAGAAAAUUUAGAUGAACAGUCUUAUAAAAUUUAGAGUAAUGUCCACUUUACUGUUUUUAUUUACGCUUGACUUCAUAUACUCAGGAUAUACCACUUCCGCUUCCGGUUGCUCGAGUAAUGAAGAAAAAGCUGUAAUGUGCUACUUUACAAACUGGGCUGGUUAUCGAACUGGCCAUGCAAACUUUUCACCAGGGAAUAUCGACCCAUCUCUCUGUACUCACAUCUUGUACGCUUUUGCAACCUUGGAUGAUGCAACUCUAACAAUUGUUCCAUUUGACAGUAACGCUGACUUUACAAAAGGAUUCUAUGCGUCAGUGACAGCAUUAAAAAAGAAAGGACUGAAAAUCCUGUUAUCUAUCGGAGGAUGGGUUAGCUCUGAGGACGAAAAGUGGAGAAGACUUAUCCGCAAUGUGCAUGCACAUUCAAACUUUAUUACUUCAGUUGUCAAGUUCCUCAAAAAGUACAACUUUGAUGGUCUUGAUAUGGAUUACGAGUACCCUGGAUGUCCUCAGGGUAACAGAUUAGCAAGUCGGACUACCGAUUCAAAAAGUUUCAACAAGCUAAUGUCUAGCCUGAGAAGAGCCCUUGGAAACAAAUAUUUGCUUACAGUUGCUGCUGCUGCGGGAAAAUCAAACAUCAAAGAAUGUUAUCACAUGACAGAACUAUGUCAGUUAGUCGACUGGGUAAAUGUGAUGACCUAUGAUUACCACAGUUACGCUGACGGUGUGACAAGAGCCAACGCACCAUAUGGUUCUUCUACAGGAGUGGUGGACAGUAUAACGUACUACCUUAAUGAAUUGAAGUGUCCAUCUAACAAAAUCGUGUUGGGGAUACCUUUCCAUGGGCGGACAUAUACCAUGACCAACCCUGGCCGACCACAGUUUGGUGUACCAGUCUCUGGACCAGGCACGCCUGGCACUUACACCAGGGAAAGUGGCUUACUGGCUUAUCAUGAGAUUUGCUUGCUGAUGAAAAGUGGUUACAGUUCAGGAAUUGAUGAAGUCAAUGGCAGUUACGCAUGGAAGGAUGCCCAAUUCAUCAGCUACGAUGGUCCAUCAGACUUGGCCAAGAAAUUUGACAAUCCUUUAAGUUCUGAUGAGGAGGAUUGUGUUGCCGUGGACAGUGAUGAUGGAGAAGUAGAUCAUGUGGAAGAAGAAAUCCAUUUACCCCAUGAAGAAGAUGCAGAAAUGGCGCCUACUUCCCCUUCCAGUCCACAGGACAUGAGUGAGUGUGAUAAUGAAGAUAAUACUCCUUUAGGUAAUGUUUUUUAUUCAAAAGGACAAACAGAAGAGAGUGAUGAAGUGGAAUAA